AAGCAAGGAACCCGUCUGUCAUUCAAUGAUCAUUUGGCCUUUUCUGAUUGGACAAUCAUGAUUUCAAGAUGGCAGCGUCCAUGUAAAAAUGGAAGCGGCACGUGGGCAAUGUAAAAUUUGCUUUCUUUUUGAAUCCUAACAACGAUAUACAAUCACAAGAUGGCUCUUUUUCACAUGAAAAGAUUUAUGGGCGGAGAAGAAAGCAACUUUGGAGAAAACGGGUCUUCGGAGUCUAUCUUGAAAAAGCUCCACGAGAAAGCCAAGGCACGGGAGAGGCAGUCACAUGACAGGCAGUCAUCACCUGACAAGUCAAAGGACAAGUCACAUGGGAAAACAGUUCCUAAGAAAUCUGUGGAUGGCUCAAGUUUGACAGAAUCUGCAAAAAAUGUAAAGAAGCGUCAGUCACAAGCUCCAAAAAACCGUGGUAUUGACAGGAAAGAAGAACUUUUAACAAGUUCGUCAGCGAAAAAGAGGAAAACUGGAGAUGUUGCGGAGAGUCGCUCGGGGAAAAAUAAGAUCAAGAACAGAACUCCCAAGAAGUUGAGUGUGUUAGAAGAGUCGAAGUUGCAAAGUCAGAAAAGUGGCAAACGUAAUCCACAAAAAACUGAAAAAGUAAGCAGGGAUGACCUCCAUCUUGGAAAACAGCUAGCUGCAGCUACAGGGGAUUUUUCAGAGAUAGCUCAGAAAAAUGUGAAAGAUACAAAAAGUGAUCCGGAUGAAUCUCCAGUGCGGGUCAUCAAAGAAGAAUCUGAUAUUAAUAGGUCUGGUUUGAGAGCAUUUCGGGAAAAUGCUGAAACGGCCAAGAAGCAGAAGAAAAUGAAAACGCCUUCGUCAGCAUCAAAAUUAAAAUCUGCAACAAUUGACGCAGAUUCGAACAGGACAGUGGACAAUCGGACUUGUAAAUUGAAAGAUUUCAAAGAAGACACAGUAGUGCUCACGAAAGAAACUCCUUCCAAACAGUCGAAGGCUUGUCCAGAAUUGGCCCGUAAUACAUUAAAAAACGCAGAGGGAACAUCGCCAGAAACAAGGAAACAGAAAAAGAGAAAGCUGAGCAAAGUCUCAGAUUGCGAAGUCAAAUCUGAGAAACAUCUGAAGGUUUCUGCUAGAACUUGUGAAAAAAACAAGGAAGAGGAUGUAAGUGUUAACGACACUUCUGAUGAAUUUGAUGGAAGCGAUCAAUCAGAGGAUUACAAGGAUUGCGCGCGUGCCUUGCCUGCGCAGGAGCCCUGCUCUAUGGAAGACGAUAGUCCAAGUAAUGAGGGAAGCGGUAUUGAUGUGAAACAGGAGGAGAUGGAUUCUGAAGUCGUUGACAAGGUUCAGCAAAGCAGAGAAGUUGAGAUGGAGGAAGGGCCAUCAAUCACGGAUGAUGCAGAUGAGGAAAGGGAGGAUGAAGAUGAAGGCACGGUGAAGGAGUCUAAAGAGGAAGGAGAGGUGGACAAGGCAUUUGCUCUGCUUGGAAGUGACAAACAUAAGAAGAAACAAAGGGUGGCUAGAGUACUUCCCGAUUGGCUAGCUCACCCGACCCUUGUUGAGCACGACUUGAAUAAGCACAGUAUAGCAGUGGAAGAGAUGGAACAACUGGAUCCACGGCUCAUCAGAAGUCUACUGGAUGAUGGCAUCAAGAGCCUGUUUCCUGUUCAACGCCACGUGAUACCAGUCAUUCUGGACUCGGUCAAGCUGGGAAUUCAAGCAGGGGAUGCCGGUUACCGGCCACGAGAUCUGUGUGUGUCGGCCCCUACCGGCAGCGGGAAGACACUUGCGUUCGCUCUGCCCAUUGUCCAGGCUCUUCUGGACCGGGUGGUACCGCGUAUCCGUGCCCUGGUCGUCUUGCCAACCCGCGACCUCGCUCAGCAGGUCAGCAAAGUCUUCACCACACUCUGCAAAGGAACCGAUCUAAGGACGUCUCUGAUUGGUGGAUUGAAAAAGUUCGGCCAGGAGCAAAGGAUGCUGGUCCAGACUAGUGGUGAGAGCCAGUGUGACAUAGUAGUGGCUACCCCGGGCAGACUAGUGGAUCACAUCAAUAAGACGCAAGGCUUCACGUUACAGUCACUCCGAUUCUUGGUGAUUGACGAAGCAGACCGCAUGAUGGAUCAGAUUUCUAAGGAUUGGAUCAGCCAGGUGGAGAAAUGCGUAUUCAUGGAAAGCAGACAGGCGCCCGGCCCGAUUACUGUGGAGACCUGCAGAAAGAUUUGCCUGCCACUACAGAAGUUGUUGUUCUCCGCAACGCUGUCCCAGAACCCAGAGAAAUUGAUCCAGUUGAACCUGUUCCGGCCCCGACUCAUCACGUCGGUCGUGAGCAGCACAAGGAGCAGACAGGAAGCCCAACUGCAUGAUGGGAAGGGUCAGGAGAGAGGAGAGUUUGUUGGGAAGUACACAACUCCAGUGGGGCUUACAGAGCAUUACAUCCAGUGCACAUCCGGUGAGAAGCCACUUGUCAUCCUACACCUCAUCCAGACCCUGAACCUUAGCCAGAUCCUCUGCUUUGCCAACACCGUGGAGUCCACCCAUCGCUUGUACCACCUGAUCAAGCUUGUCGGCGGCAUUGAGGUGGCUGAGUUCUCGUCCAAUCAGACGGCAGGCCAGCGACGUCAGAUCCUCAAACAGUUUAAGACCGGCAAGAUCCAACUGCUCAUCUGCUCUGAUGCCAUGGCCCGCGGUAUGGACGUUGAGAAUGCCAAGUACGUCAUCUCCUACGACAUGCCACCGUACAUUAAGACGUACAUCCACCGCGUUGGUAGAACUGCUAGGGCCGGCAAGACUGGUGUAGCGUUCUCUCUGCUACAGCAGUAUGAGGUGCCCAAGUUGCUAAAGCUGCUGAAGCAUGCUGGGAAGACAGGCAUCCAGCGGUACACUGUCAAUCGACAAGAUAUGGACCACCUUGAAGAGUCCUAUGAGAAAGCACUGCAGCGACUUCCCGGAGUACUAAGGAUGGAGAAAGCUCACUCGGUCUGAUGACAAACAAGUGAGAACAAUGGCCAAUAAUAUCAAUUGACAUGUGAAAGUUUUAACCGGCGCACUUAACGUGCAACUUUUGACGGUUGUGGCAUACCCAUAGAAAUAUAUUAAAUUACUAGAGCGCUAACUCGUCAUACUGCGCGCGGAGCAUUUUGAAGCCGUCCUGGGCGCAGACAUUUUGAAUUCAUGUGCGUGUUUGUAGAACAUAAUGAAAUUAAAUGGAUUGAAUUUUGAAAGUGUACUCUAAAAUACAAUGCGCAAAAUAAACAUGCGCAAACAACUUAAGCGCGUUAUGAUGGUUUAAAAAAUGUCACGGCAAAGAGCAUCCACAGCGGAUACGGGCAUGCAUGGCGUUGUUUGCGUAGAGCAAAAUGAAACGCUCAUUUGCUGAUUGUGCGAUUCGGUUAUGGGCGUAUCGGCUUCAAUAACGCACCUGUAUAGAAUACAAUAUGCAAAUAGCAGUACAAAAGCUGUACAAAAUUGUGAGUUUGCCAUAGGUUUGUGCACAAACAUGGAUGCGCCCAGCAGGCAUCACUUUGUACAUGAGUCAGCACUCUAGUAAUUUAAUAUAGCUCUAUGGGCAUACAGUUGUAGCUCGCAUGUGAUUUUUAAUAUAUUCCAGUAUUUGGUCAAACGUAGUUUUGAAUAAUCAAAUACUAAAUUAUUCGAAAAUGAACAGCUCUAAUGCCACCUCAAUACAUUGAAGUAAAAACAAGACACUGUUGUGGGUAAAAGAUUCCUCAAAAUACUUUUUUUUUAAUUCCAAAAAAAAGGUAAAAUUUAUCAAACUAUAUAUUUUGCAAGGCAACGGAACUUAUUUCAGGGUUGAAUACAUAAGAACAGUUACUUUUCAAUGUUUUAAUUAUUAAAUUAUUUAGUUACUUCUUUUUAUUAUUAUCUUCUUUUUUUUUUUACCAAUCAACAACUUUUAGAUGGCCUUACAUUUCGAUCCUAAUUAUAAGCAAGACCUUUGUUGAUUUGUGUAUUUCAGGUCAAUCGAGUCAGUAAGCAGUUUGCAGGAAUUGUAUUAAUUUUGGUUUUCCUGUUUUAGAAUACUGAAAAGAUUUAUAAAAUAGAGUUGAUGUCCCAUGCCCUAUUGAGACGCAACCAUUCUUCAGAAAUGUCAAGACUUUUCCAAAAGUCUAAUUCCAAAUUGUCACUGAUGUCGUAAAUGUGUUAUAGAAGAUGCAGUUAUUAAAACAAAUCUUAAUCACAUGUUUCAAAGUACAUGUCAAGUUUUAGAAAAGCUCAUUAUGAAAUUUAUGAAAUGUACAUUAAGAAUACACUAUUUUUUUAACAGUUACAUACUGUAAUUGUGCAAUGAUAUUCAUUUGUCCUUACAGUAUAUACAAAUAAUACUCCACGAAUGAUAAUGCAGUUAGAAAUAAAAAAAUAAAAACUGCCAAUAACUGCAAAUGA